AUGCAGGCGGGCAUGCACUACGAGUGGGCCGCGGGCCUCUUCCGCUGGGCGACGACGCUCGACGACAACUGGCGGAAGAAGUCGCUCGACGACGAGGACAUUUUGGAGGAGUCCUACGACGGCGACACGCCGGCGCGGCGCGAGGCCAUCGACGCCUUCAAGCUCGCGUGCUACCUCAACAUCGCGCGCGCCUACUUCAAGCAGCGCGAGUGGACGACGGCGCGGCAGGCGUGCGACUGGGCGCUGCGCCUCGACGGCUCGUCCGACAAGGCCCUCUUCCUCCGGGCGACGAUCCUCGUCGAGCCCGUGUCCCACGGGUCCACGGAGCGCGACGACGCCAUCGUCGACCUCGAGCAGGCUGAGACGCUCCUCGUCGCGGCGACGGCCGCCGCCGCGGCGCGCGACGACCUCGACGACGCGGCCUGCGAGCGGCUCAUGGACGACCUCGGGAAGCGGAAGAAGCAGGUCCGGUCGCUCCUCGCGGAGCUGCGGCGCCUGCGCCAGCUCGGCAAGGCCCAGGACAAGGCCUACGGCGGCAUGUUCGACCGCGGCGAGGUCUACGACGGCGACGAGACCGCGCGGCGCCGCCUCGCCGACGCCGAGGACGCCAAGGCGCUCCCCGACGACCACUCGAAGCCCCUCGCGCCCGGCGACGGCACCUUCUCGUCGACGCCGGGGCCCGAGGCCGAGCUCGCCGCGGCGGAGAAGGUGCUCGCGGACUACGAGCGGCGGGGCAAGAGCAAGGAAGCCGCGGAGCUCCGCAAGGGCCUCGGCGAGGCCAAGGCGAAGCUCCAGCAGGCGCGGUCCGAGGGCCCGCCGCCCAUGGACUUCCGCAAGCCGACGAAGGCCAUGCGGGACGACGCGAAGGCGCGCGGCAUCGACCUCGACGACCCGGCCGUCGUCGACAUGCUCGAGGAGCUCCAGCGCGAGCAGCGCGAGACCGCCACGCCCGAGGGCCGCGAGCGCCGCGACGUCCGCGAGGCGGCCAAGGCCAAGGCGUCGGCCAUGAGCAUGCGCGACCUCAUCCGGUCCCUGAAGGCGCUCGGCGUGCCCCACGGCCACUGCGACACCAAGGGCGAGCUCAAGGACCUCUACGUCCUCGCCUGCGUCGACGUCGACGAGGCCAAGGCCGCCGCCGCCGCCGGCGCGCGCGCGCCGCGCGCGCCGCCCGCCGCGGAGGCCGUCAACUCGUGGAAGUUCACGUUCCUCUUCGCGACGCUCUUCCUCGCCUACCGCCUCUGGACGACGAACCUCCUCGGGCCCCUCCUCGGCGGCGCGGCGCCGGGCGACGCGCCCGCGGCGCCCCUCGGCGACCGCAACCCCUACCUCGACGCGGACGAGCCCGACUUCGCGGCCCGCGACUGGACCGACGAGUUUUGA